UACGGGAGGGUUCAAACGAGGGGCACGACCGACCUCCACCGCCGGGUCAGGAGUCGGUUUCAACUGCUAUAUAAUUAUAACCGCCCCUUCCCUUCCCUCGCUGCUCGAUCCUCCUCCGACUGACCGCCCUUCUUCCGCUGUUACAAGGAGAGCCAAGAUCGGAUCGUCUUCUUGGCGAUUGAUUCUUCAAUGCAGCGUUGUUCUCUGUGAUAGAGAGAGAGAGAGAGAGAACUUCCUGCGCUGUUCGGGAAGAUCUUUUUCUCCUUGCGGCCGCUCGUACUUUGUUUUAAAGAUACGGAGCGGGGAGUUCGAAUGAGGAACAGAGCAACGAGGAUUGCCAAGCGUAUUCGCGCAUUGGUGUCGGGUGAGAGCCUGAAUUCUGCAAAUUCACACCGUGGAAUUGGUCGAUGUGGGGGAGAUGUUGGUGAGCCUAGUUGCUGCUGCCGGCGAGCAUUGGCGAGGAAUGCCAAGAAUUUCAGAAAGAGUAAGGCGCCUUCCAGGGUGAUGUUUUACCGCGAAUCUAUGUGGGACGACUAUCCGGACGACGUUUUCCAAGUUCUAAGGGACGGGUUCGUCAAUGGCAAAGCUGCGGUUCAUCUGGAGACAGCGCAUUCUUCCUUGGUUGUUGAUUUUCUGAGGAUGUUGGAGGUUAAUUUGCAGCAUGGUUCUCAGAGGCGGAUUGCUUGGAUCGACAUAGAGGGGCAUUGCUUCUUCCCUGAAAUUUUUGCAGGAGAGAAUUGCCGAGACUGCGGUGCUUCUCCACGAGUUAAGAUGGAAGCUGAAUUGAAAGUUCGCGGGGAAGAUGGUGCCGCAGAUAUGGCAGAAUCUAGUGUGGUAGUGCCCGAUGCAAGAGCAGAGUUGCAGCCGGCGGUUUGUGCUGAGCUACCGGGCUGUGCCCGACCGGCAGCUGCUUUGAUCCCGUCGUCUGUUCCUUCCACGAAAGCAUUACUCUUGAAAUUGAAGGAAGACGACGGAGCGUUCAAUAUAAUCAAGACUGUCUUCCUCAGAGGAAUGAGGAAACAGUCACCAGAGACCACUGUUACCGCUGUAUAUAGAUGUCCUUAUGGUACCACUCGAUUUCAAGAGUUCAAAAGGGCCGCAGAGAGAACAAAAGCAGCUCGCGGCCAUACCAAUAUGAGAUAUGCUUGGCAUGGAACUUCCCCAAAGGACGUAGGCGCCAUUGUCUUUCGUGGCUUUGGGGAGACCAACAUUUGUUCAGGCCCUGGAGCUUUUGGUGUCGGCAUCAGUUUGUCUCCUGCAAGUCAUUCUUACUUGAGUGCAUCCAUGGCAGAACCUGCAGAUAAUGGGGAAAGGCACGUCAUAUUGUGCCGCGUCGUAAUGGGCAACAUUGAGGAACUCGAGCUUGGAUCUCAACAGGCCAAACCCAGCUGUGAAGAGUUUGAUAAUGGUGUGGACGACGUUAUGAAUUCGAGGCGAUACAUAGUUUGGAGCACAAACAUGAAUUCUCACAUCCUUCCCGAGUAUGUUGUGACCUUCACAAACUCUGUUCAGACACAAGGACUCCGUGAUGAUGCAAAAUCGAUGCAAAGGAUAUCACGUGGAUGUGAAGCUCCUCCUUCUUCCUUUCCCGGAGUAAAGGCUGCUUAUAAACCUGUCGACCAUGGAGCAGAUGCUAGAACUGCUCCACAUUCAAGGAUGUCAUUCCCACAUCUGUUUGCUGCAUUAGGGAAGUCACUGCCAACCUUCAAGACCAGAGCAUUGGACUUGUUAUAUAAUGGUUACAAGGCGGGCAAUAUCAAUAAAGAUGUUUUAAUUAGGAAAGUGAGAUCAAUUGUUGGUGAUCCAUUAUUGGUUUCGGCAAUCAGGAGCAUUGGAAGGCAAAUCUGAAUCCGAAAGCUUGAAGAUGGAGGCACGGCUGUCAGUCACAGUAAUCAGGAGCUCAUCAGAGAGUUGGCGACAGUAAUCCGCUCAAGAACCAAUCCCUGUAGAAGCAACAGAGGGAUCCGGGGAACUUCUGCAGUGUCCCGAAGUCCAACAUUAUCCAACAGCUCUCUCUUUUGGUCUUUCGCUUUGGGUAGUGGAAGAUUCAGUAUAGUUCGUUAUGGCGGGGGUUUUUUGUACACAGUUGAGUCCUGUGCUGGAAGGUUGUGUGGGUGUGUUACCGUAACUGUGAAAAUAUGAAGAAAAUACAUAUAGGGAUGAAAUAGAAAUCUAUUGCAUGGUCACUGUACUGUUCGUAUUUAUUGUUUGCGUACGUUACAUAACAACAAAAAAUUGUAAGGUUGUUGCGUCUUUCUUUUCUGGAGCUCAUAUCGUAGGUUGACAAAAAAUUUAAACUUCUGCUCUUGAUAGCUUGAGAAACAGCAACCAUUUAUUUCUGUAAGACGCCACGCCACAACCGUGAAUUCAGCCUGGUUCGAUUCAUGAACAGCCAUUGAUAUUAUGUUCAUUUGCCUAAGUGCUUUUUUGAAGAACCUGUGU